UAAAAAGCAAAAUUAAUCGUGAAUUAUAUUUAACAAAAAAUUGACGUGCGAUGAAACCUUGCCUCACCGGAAAUCAAGGAGAGAGAAAUCUAGAGCAAAAAUUCAAAAGUGAUUUUAAUACUAAAAACGAAACAAAUAAUUCUCUUAGACAUAUUCUAUCUGGAGAUCUUUAUAUUAUUGGGAGAUUAUGGAUAGAGGCACUAAAAACAGCUCUGAUUGGGAUGAACUUCAACCUGAUACCAGUGGUUGAAGCCGCGAAAAUACCAGAAACACCACAGAAGCCAUCGUCUAUGAAAUAUACUGACCUACCACUAUACAAGAGUCCACAUUUCGAAUACAAGGACCACGUAGAAGCCAAGAGUAAAUGCUCAGAAGCAAACGUCAAAUUGCUUCAUCGAUCGCUACUCCCUUAUGUCAAAUGUUAUAGACAGGUCAUCGCACAGAACAUUUGUUUAACGAAAUGUGCUGCAGAAGAGAAAUAUAUAAACGCUUGUAAUGCAAUUCGCAAUGUAAAGAAAGAUUUUAAGCAAAGAAUGAGAGACCCAAACAAUAUACCGAUCAGACAAGCUACUGUUGCAAUUGGUGGUACCACUGGAUAUGUUCUGGGCGGAGGGGGUGGUAUACCAAGACGUAUAUUCUGUACAAGCCUCGGUUUCAUAACAGCUGGUGCGUUAUGCUUUCCACGGGAAACUGAUGAGAUUUUCAGGAAUGCAGCUUAUUCGUUUGGUAAAGUUUUCAUUGCUGUGUAUAACAAAUGGUGCGGGAAAGAAUUUGUUAUGAGAGAAAAAUUGGCUUGUAAAGAUGAGCUGCCACCACCACCUCCGACCAGGAAAUCAAUCCCAUGCCCUUCAAAAUAAUUAUUAUGGUAUUUAAUACGUUCUUUUAUAUAA